CCUGCAGCAGGACCAGGCCGGCUACAUGACCCCCAACACCACCCAGGUUUUUGAGCUCCCCGAGAGCAACAGCAGACCGGAUAUCAAACAGAUUAGUUAUCCACAUUUAAAACAGGUAGGAAAGGAAAAGCGAGCAGUCGGAGGAGGCCGAGGAGAAGCCGCCCCAGGGCAGCUGCCCCACGCAGGUGGGGCAACCACCAGCGGCCAUGCCCCCAAUCGCCAGCACGCCUCCAGGAAAAGGCCGUGCGGUCACCCGACGGGACGGCGUCCCUCUAACCCCGCCGGCGGACGGGAGGUAAGGCCGGCGAGCAGGUCACCGCUUCGAUGUGAGAUAGCAGCCUCUGAACUGCACCGCGGCUCUCACCGUGCGUCUGCGUGCUGCUGCCGGGCCUGGCCUCGGCUUUGUGGGAUUACGCCGUUAGCUUCUGGUUGGACGUGCAGCCAAAGUUUGCGCCUGAGAAUCAAACUCCGACAGAAUCCCAUGGCUCCUCUCUUGCCAUCUGUUAGCUGCUGCUUUUCAAGAAGCCGGCACCAUUUCCCUAUCUGUAAUAGAACAUUACAGGCAACAAGGAAACUGGAAAUGUGUAGGUCUUUGAGUAAACGUGUGGAGAGGAGAGGUGGGAGUGGACUAUGUCAUAACCAGCAAUGAGUGCCGCUGGCUCCUGAGCUUCAGAACACACAAAUAUGCUCCACUCCACUUUCCUGACGAUGUGUGGAGGUUACCUGGGAAAUCCAGAAGCUGCAUGCCAAUUGCCUUUCUAUGUCUUGAUGGCUAAGCUUAUCCAUUGCUGCCUAGCCUUCACAGCCAAAUCAGCAGAUGUAGAAAUGUCUCUGUUCCUAAAGUCAUUGUAAUGCUGUUGAAAAGGCAGUUUUGUAUUUGAUAACACUUCUUCAAUUUUGAAGAGAUCACUAACAAAUUUAUAUGUGGGGAAUUUCUGACUGAAACUGUUGAUGAAACCUCUCCUUGUUAUUUUCAUGUUAGUUGCUGACAGUCACAAAGUGAAGGGUUCAUUCCUCAGUGUGCUGCAGUACCUUUCUUAACUACAUGUUAGUUUAACUGAUUUUAAUGCAGAAUAAAGUGCUAGAUUUUUCAGAAAAUCUUGCUGGUUUUCAGUGAUGAGUAAGGGAGAA